UAUGAAAUCCCAAGCGGAAGCAGAUCCGUGGGAAGCUCUCGACGUCGACGAUUCAGAGCUCCCCCGCAAUCGCAAAUAUCCUCCACCGCAUAAUCCGGAUUCAACUCUCGUUAGGAACCCUAAUCCCCUUGAGAUUCUUCGGCGUUGCUCUUCUUCACGGUCCUCCGAAACCCUAACUAGGCAGCCUCUUCUUGAUCCGAAUCCUCCGCCGCCGGAAUCUUCUUAUUUUCGUUAUUUGAUUCCAGGACCUGCCGCUGCCGUUCAAAUCGCCAUGCGCAGAAAGGAGUGGAAGGAUCCGAGUUCGUACGGCGAUCAGGGAGAUCCGAUUCCUACUCAAGAGUACAUACGCAGGGCUGUGGAAGAGCCUGAUAAGGAAGAUGAGGAUUUCUCGCGUGAUCCAUGGAUUUCUUGUGUUGAUUACAUUCGCAGUGAAGGGUUGCUUGGCGAUGAUGGAGUUGCUAUUGGAACGCCGGUGAGUGUGAUCAAGAGCGGGUUUGGCACUUGGGAUAAGGUCAAUCAGGUUGUGGCGAUCGUCAAAACUUGCACCCCUAAUGGCCUUGGAGAUCUCAUGAUGACUCUGAAGGAUCCUACUGGAACGAUUGAUGCUAGUGUUCAUAGGAAAGUUGUAGCUGAGAGUGAAUUUGGAAGGGAUAUACGUGCCGGUGCUGUGCUGAUACUUAAGAAGGUUGCUGUAUGUACACCGUCACGGUUAUCAUGUUUCCUCAAUAUAACACUCAACAACAUCUCCAAGGUUAUCAUACGCGAUACUCUUCCUUCAGUAGAGCAAGAAAACCCUGCAAGGAGUGCCAAGGAUCCUGUUCCAGAAACUGAGAAAUGUUUGAAAACCGUACCCAAGAGAUUUUCUUUCGAUCAAGGAAAGACUGAUGGAAUCAUGAACAGUCUUAGGCGGAAUGCUCAUGCAAGCGGCGAGACACUUAAGGAUGUAGAAAUGGAAGAUGAUAAUCCAGCAGAGGAAAUCAUCUCACUUAAGGAUGUUAACAAGAAUCAAAAUGAACAUGGAGUGGAGCAGGUCCUCAUGAGGAAUCAAGAUUCAAACAGCAAAACGGAAACUGCUGCAGCACACAGGACAACCGGCAAGUUUCCUCAGGGAAAAUUCUUGAAUCCUGAAAGGCGACCACAAGACGGUGUUGCAAUCGAUAUUGAUAAAGACAAUUGGCAAGAGCUUUUGGUGGAUGAGCUGGUCAGGCUGGAGAAGCAUGUGGGUAAAAGCCAUCAGUCGCAUCAUAGUCGGCCAGGGUAUGAAACGGGAAUCUGCGACAAAUAUGCAACAGACAAUAAGGUUGACAGAAUGCAACUGCUACCUACAAGCUCGGUUGAGAAAAUGCAGCCAGUACCAGCCACCACCUCGGUGCCGCAGUGGACAGACGAGCAGCUGGAUGAACUUUUUGCGUUUGAUUGAGAGAGUUAGCACAAUCAAGGUGACAUCUACCCUGAUUUUCUUGACGUCUUUCAUUUCAUGGCACUUUCCAGUAUCCACUUAAAGCGCAGUGACGGAUAGGGUUUGUAAGAAGCUACGGGUUUUGCAGACAGAGAGUGAAACUGUUGAUGAGAAAUUUCAGCCAUUUAUCAACACAAAUCACUGGUGAGAAAGAUCAAACGAAUGUAUAAAAUUGCAUGAGUUUGCAAGAAGCAGUUUAACUCGAGAGAAAUUCCAAAGAUAACAACAUCUUCGGAUGGUAUGCAGGCAAGACGCCAUUUUAUUGUUGCAGGGUUUCAAAAUUUGCAAUAGCUUUCAAAAUUGCUCAUUGGAACAACUUCCUCAGCCUUUCAAAAUUGCUCAUUGCAAUAGCUUUCAGCACCACCACGAGUGCAUAUCUGAAAUCUGCGGAGACAUCAUCCAUCACAAGUAUUGUGAAUGUCAAUCACAAAAUCUCAAUACUGACGAAUUCAAUCAUCUGUUUUGCCUCCAAUUAUCUUUCCCUUGCACCUUAGCGUUCUGAAGGAUAUUACAACGCACCAACAUCAACGUGUUCUGAUUAGUUCCGGCGUAUUCAAACGCAAUCCCUGACAUGUUUCGACACUAUACCAUGUUCCAACGCAACUCCAAUAUGGUUCGAUGUACCCUCAACAU